AUGUUAAAUAUUUUUUUUGGUAGAUUUCUCUAUCUUUCAGGUUUAUUUACUUUUAUUAUUGAGCGAAAACAUUUACUUUUAAUAUUAUUAAGUUUAGAAUAUAUUGUGGUAUCAUUAUUUUUAUUAAUUUUUUAUAAUUUAAUGAUUAAUUUUGAUUACUUUUUUUGUAUAAUUUUUUUAACAAUAAGAGUUUGUGAAAGAGUAUUGGGAUUAUCUAUUUUAGUUUUUAUAAUUCGUAAUCAUGGGAAUGAUUAUGUACUAUCUUUUUCUUCUUUAUGAUAA